CCGACCCAACAGCUGUCGCUUCCAAAACAAUGGAUCCCAUCCCGAUAUCUCCUCGAUAAGGGUUCCAAAAAAAGAAGAACACAAUGGAGGCGGCCCCGGACUUUGAUGCGGGGGAAGUGGCGCGAACGGUGGCUCUCGCCGUUUCGAAUCUGCACAACAGGUCUCAGUCGUCUGACAGCGGUAAUGACGAGACCCCCCUCGUGAGGGACAAGAGACGACAGAACAACGCCAUGAGCAUCAACGCCGAUUUCGACCCGGACGAUAAGGACAACCUCAUACACACCUCCAAAUGGAGAAGGUAUGUUCCCAUGCGACACGUGUUGUCUUUCCUGGGAUUCCUCGGCUUCUGCAACGUUUAUGCCCUUCGGGUAAACCUGAGCGUGGCACUGGUGGCUAUGAUCAACGAGACUGCCAUCUAUGCCAACAAGACUCACUCCUACGAAUGUGGUGGUAACGUCACCGAUGUGGAUCUCAAGGAAGGGGAGUUUGAUUGGUCGCCCAGCACCCAGGCCAACAUCCUGGGCUCUUUCUUCUACGGCUACCUGGUGACCCAAGUCCCGGGGGGCAGGCUGGCCGAGAGGUUCGGGGGCAAGUGGCUGUUCGGGGGAGGGGUCCUCUGCACCUCCCUCCUCACCCUCCUCACCCCCCUGGCCGCCAGGGCGGGGGUGGCCCCCCUCAUCGCCCUCAGGGUGCUCGAGGGGCUGGGAGAGGGUGUGACUUUCCCGGCCAUGCAUGCCAUCAUCGGGGUGUGGCUCCCCCGCCUGGAAAGGAGCUCCCUCGCCACCCUCAUCUACAGCGGGGCCCAGAUAGGCACCGUGGUGGCCAUGCCCCUCUCCGGAAUACUCUGCGAUUCCCAAUUCCUGGGGGGAUGGCCCUCCGUAUUCUACGUAUUCGGUUUCUUGGGCUGCCUCUGGUUCGUACUCUGGGCUUUCUUGAUCUACGAGACCCCCGAGAAGCACCCCUACAUUUCCAAGACCGAACUUCUGCUCAUCCAGAGUGGCAGGACUGAAGAUAUUUCAAAGGGCAAGAACAUUCCGUGGAGGGCCAUCUUGUGCUCUGUUCCUGUGUGGACCCUGAUGGUGACUCAUUUCGGCCAGAACUGGGGAUUCUACACGUUCUUGACGGAACUACCCACCUACCUGUCCACCAUUCUGCACUACAAGAUGGGCAACACGGGCUUCCUCUCUGCCCUCCCCUACCUGUUGCAGGCCAUCGUGGGGUGGUCCACGGGAUUCGUGGCUGACCGAUUGCGCCAGAGGCAGGUCCUCAGCAUCAGCGCAAUCCGAAAAGUGAUGAACACCAUCGGGUUCUUUGGCCCCGCCCUCUGUCUGGUGGGCGUGGUGCUGGUUGGCUGCAACCACUUCUGGGGCGUGUUCUUCCUGACUCUGGCCAUGGGCUUCAAUGGCUGCACCUACUCUGGCUACAUGGUGACUCAUGUGGACAUGGCCCCCCACCUGGCAGGAACCUUGAUGGGUAUGACCAAUGCGUUUGCCACCUUGACUGGAUUCCUUGCUCCCCUGGCAGUGGGAAAACUCACCGACGACAACCAAACGUUGGGCCAGUGGCACAUCGUCUUCUUCAUCGCCAUUUUCAUCUAUUUCCUGACGGGAACGCUGUUCAUCGCCUGCGGUUCCGCCAAGCCCCAGAAGUGGGGGGAGGAAGAGAGGGAGGGGCACCACCCCCCUUCCAGAGCAGAGAAAACCAGCGACUUGACCAAAUGA